AUGAAUGGUCCCUUCAGUCCCAGGCGGGAACCAGGACCAGACCUCUCCUGUCUGCAGCUGUACAAUGAGUGGCUGGCAAGUAGGCAUAAGGCCAGUCUGCUGCCCAUGAAAGAAGAUCUAGCUAUUUGGCUGAACAGAAUCCUUGGUUUGGAUAUAACAGCAGCUAAUUUAAUGGACAAGCUGGACACUGGGGUGGUCCUAUGUCAACUUGCAGAGGAGCUUCAGGAGAAGAUGAUUUUAGCUGAUAAUGGCAAGCAUUUUAUUCGCCGUGUAAUUCACUGGCGGGCUGAUGCAACCUCUGGGUCGUUCUUUGCCCGGGACAACACAGCUAACUUUCUAUACUGGUGUCGUAAAAUUGGGGUGGCACAGUCACAUCUCUUUGAAUCUGAAGAUCUAGUUCUUCAGAAGCAUCCCAGGGAUGUGUGCUUGUGUCUCAUGCAGCUAGGUAGAAUCGUUUCAAGGUAUGGAGUUGAGCCUCCAGCACUGGUCACACUCGAAAGAGAAAUUGAGAAAGAAGAAGAUGAGUCUUUGUCACCAUCCUUUUUUGCCUCACCUUUACCCUCUCCCUCCACUCUGCCUCUCUUUCUUCCUCCUGAUCCAGACCCCCCUCCAAUCUUAACACCAUCUCCUCCCCCUUACCCCUAUCCCUCUGCUCCUCUGGUCUCUACUCCUCCCCCAGAGUUAAUUUCCCUGUCUCCCGCCUUCUCUGACUCAAACACCCAGUCAGAACCCCAGCCUACUUCACCCUCCACACCAUCACCCAUCAGCACACCCCUAAAAUCCCCACCACCCACAUCCACAAACUGCCUCACGAAGACCAAUAGGAAAAAGAGCACUGGUAGCCCGUUGGAUCAGAUUGUCAGGCAGAUAUCAGAGGACCCACCAUGCAAAUGUCCAGUCAAGUUCAGCAUUGAGAAGCAACCAAAAGGUCAUUAUCGUGUUGGAGACAAAGUCCUCUAUGUCAGGAUGUUAAAUGAUAAGCAUGCCAUGGUGCGAGUUGGUGGUGGAUGGGAAACCUUUGGUACGUACUUGUUAAAGCAUGACCCAUGCAGGAUGACUGUGAUCACCCCGCCUGGAACUAAAAGCUGCAAGUCUAAUGGAAAGUCCCCGGUCAAGAGAGAGCUGUCACGGGACAGUUAUCUGGUAGUAGGGGCAUUGCAAUGCAGGAAUAGAAAACAGCCUUCCCCAAACCAUUGCCACAAUGUUUGA